AUGGACAAUGCCACUUACCUACAGUCCCUCCUCGGUCGAACGCUGUGUAUUCACACAACCGACAAGCGCAUGUUCGUCGGCACUUUCAAGUGCACAGACAUGGAACGCAAUGUCAUCCUCUCUACCACUUAUGAAUACCGUUUCCCCAGUCAAGCUGCCGUCCAAGCCGCUGCAGAAAACGCAGCUGCACCGACUCAACAACAACAACCAGGGUCCAAUUUCAAAGUGGACAUGACCAGCCGGCUAAUCGGAUUAGUCGUUGUUCCGGGGAAACAUAUUACCAAGAUCGAACUCGAAGAGAAUCCUCACGAGAAGAGCCGCAGACGCGUCACGGGACCUGGCGCCAAGGCCGGGGCGAGUCCAGACCGGAUCAGGCCAAUCCAAGCCCGAAGCGGAACUGCGCCCGCCCAGUCGAACUCAUCUCUUCCUCUUCCUGCUCGUCCUGCUCCUCCUCCUUCUCCAACAUCCUCGUCGAUACCUGUGUUAUAUCGCGUGUGUAACGAUCGACCUGGCCCUUUCAGCACGCCUUGCGUCAGCCCGCCCGCCCCGUGUGACAGUCCCGGCAGUGCUUGUCCUGAGUCGCAAUCCAAAGGCGGGGGUAUCGGAGAACCUUUGCAAUCCUAUCCGUCGUUCUCUCGGUCAGAUACGAAAGAAUCCAUCAGGUCCAUAAAAGGCUCUAUCCGGUCCAAGAUACCAGGCAGUCGCGAUAAAUCCAGUGACAGUCCGCGAGGGUCGACUUCAGGAUUCGGGGACGACAAGUCGGAUGCUGCCUCGGUUAAAUCGACAAACAGCAGCAGAGUGCCGCAGUCGCCGCAGUCAGUGUCCAGCGAUGUGCCCAAUUCCCGAUCGGGCACCCCCGAUCCUCCCCCAUCCCCAUCGCAGUCAACUUCGUUGAAUCGCGGUCACAAGGAUGUCGAUGCCGCUCAGCAGAGCGGCGAAGUCGAUCUGGUUUCAGACGCACCUCCGUCCGUCCCGCCCGUUACGCCUCAAGCUCCCGGGGAGUCCAUCUUGGUAAAACCGAGUAACCAGAUCAAUCCCGUUCUCUUGGAUAUUCUUGCUUCCACGCCCACGGAGACAAGUGGCUCUCCCGGCAUGGGGAUGGGAGCGCUCAAAUCGAUCGAUUUGGAUGACAUGAUCUCCCGGCUCCUAGACGCCGGAUACUCGACCAAGGUCACAAAAGCCGUGUGUUUGAAAAAUGCCGAAAUUGUCGCUAUUUGCACGGCAGCCCGCGAGUUGCUCCUUACGCAACCGGCAUUGUUGGAACUGGCUGCGCCUGUGAAGAUUGUUGGUGACGUGCAUGGUCAAUAUACCGAUCUCAUCAGACUCUUUGAAAUGUGCGGCUUCCCACCUGCCGCCAACUACCUCUUCUUGGGCGACUACGUCGACCGAGGGAAACAAAGCCUGGAGACUAUUCUCCUGUUGUUGUGCUAUAAGCUCAAGUAUCCUGAAAACUUCUUCCUCCUUCGAGGAAAUCACGAAUGCGCCAAUGUUACUCGCGUUUACGGCUUCUACGAUGAAUGCAAGCGAAGGUGCAACAUCAAGAUCUGGAAGACAUUCGUUGACACAUUCAAUUGUCUGCCUAUUGCUGCCACUGUUGCGGGCAAAAUCUUUUGCGUCCACGGCGGGUUGUCACCCAGUUUAUCUCACAUGGAUGAUAUCCGUGGUAUUGCUAGGCCAACGGAUGUGCCAGACUACGGUCUGUUGAACGAUCUUUUGUGGAGUGAUCCCGCCGACAUGGAGGAAGACUGGGAACCUAAUGAGCGAGGUGUCAGCUAUUGCUUCGGAAAGAAGGUUAUUAUGGAUUUCCUCCAGCGCCACGAUUUCGACUUGGUCUGCCGAGCGCACAUGGUGGUCGAGGAUGGCUAUGAGUUUUUCCAGGAUCGGAUUCUGGUCACGGUGUUCUCCGCUCCAAACUACUGUGGUGAAUUUGACAACUGGGGAGCUAUCAUGUCGGUCUCCGGCGAAUUGCUGUGCAGCUUCGAACUACUAAAGCCACUCGAUUCGAGUGCUUUGAAGAGCCACAUCAAAAAGGGACGCAACAAGCGCAAUAGCAUGCUGAAUAGCCCGCCCGCGGUUGUUUCUGCUCAAAGUUAUUAG